CUCCUCCCUUAUACAUAUUACACAGCAAGGGAUUCUCCUCCCAAGAUUCAUCUAGCCAUGGUUUCAGAAAAUCUCAGCUCCAAAAAUGUCUGUGUGAUUGGAGCAGGACCUUCAGGUCUGGUUUCUGCAAGAGAGCUGCGAAAGGAAGGACAUUCUGUCUUAGUUCUGGAGCAGAACCAUGACAUCGGAGGACAAUGGCUGUACCAAUCAAAGGUUCAAGACGAAGAUUCAAUGGGGAAGAAAACUCCAUUAAAGAUCCAUAGCAGUGUCUAUAACUCAUUAAGAUUAGCUUCUCCUAGAGAGAUAAUGGGAUUCACCGACUUCCCUUUCAUUGCAAAGAAAGGAAGAGACAUGAGGAGAUUCCCAAGUCACAGUGAGAUGUUUUUAUAUCUCCAAGAUUUCUGUAGCUGGUUUGAACUCAGGGAGAUGAUAAGAUUUAAUACAAGAGUGGAAUAUGUUGGAAUAGUUGAUAGUUCUGAAUUUGAUAUUGGUAAGAGAAUUAGAUGGGCUGUAAGAAGUAAAGAAAUUGAGACUGGAAUUGUUUGUGAAGAAAUAUAUGAUGCUGUUGUUGUUGCUAAUGGGCAUUAUUCUAUGCCUAGAUUGCCUAUAAUCAAAGGAAUGGAUGUAUGGAGAAGGAGACAGCUCCAUAGUCAUGUAUACAGAGUUCCCCAGCCUUUCAGCAAUGAGAUUGUAGUGGUGGUGGGGAACUCGGUGAGCGGCCGGGACAUAUCAAGGGAACUUGUGAAUGUUGCUAAGGAAGUUCAUCUUAGUGUCAAAUCUCUUGAAAUAUCUAAAGGAUUGUCCAAAGUAAUUGCUAAAUAUCAAAACCUUCACUUACAUCCACAGAUAGACACUCUUUAUGAAGAUGGAAGAGUUUUAUUUGUUGAUGGUACUUUCAUUACCGCCGAUACGAUCAUUUACUGCACAGGGUAUUCAUAUUCUUUGCCAUUUCUUGACACCAAGGGAAUAGUAACUGUUGAUGAUGACAAAGUAGGUCCAUUGUAUGAGCAUACAUUCCCACCUUCACUUGCUCCUUCACUCUCUUUUGUAGGAAUUCCGAAGAAGAUUAUUGUGUUUCCAUUCUUUGAAUCACAAGCAAAAUGGAUAGCUCAAGUGCUCUCAGGGAAAAGGACACUUCCAUCAUGUGAAGAGAUGAUGAAGGAGUAUUACCACUCUAGAGAUCUAGCUGGAAUACUAAAGCACAAUGCACAUGAUAUAGCCAAUUUUGAGUACUGUGACAAAUAUGGAGAUAGAUGUUCUUUUCCACAUUUGGAAGAAUGGAGGAAGGAAUUAUGCUUAUCAUCUCUACUGAAUGCUGAAAUGAAUCUGGAAACUUAUCGCGAUUCUUGGGAUGAUGAUCUUCAAUUGCUUCAAGAGGUUCACCAAAGCCCUCCUUUCACACAACAAGGCUAUGAAAGCAUUGUGAUUUGAAGGCCGGUAUUUAUUUAUUCAAAAACAAUGUCCUUAGGUUUCGAUUGGAACAACUUUUUGUUAUUUCUAAAGUAACUUUUUAGUACAAAAUUUUAUAAUUUAAGAAA